AGCAUCUCUAGCCGGGUGGAAAAGAGCAGUGAUGGCAGCAACGGCAUUUCCACCCGGGUGGAAAAGGGCAGCGACAGCGUCUCUACCCGGGUGGAAAAGGGCAGCGAUGGCAGCAACAGCAUUUUCACCCAGGUGGAAAAGGGUGGUGACAGCAACGACAGCAUCUCUACCCGGGUGGAAAAGAGCAGCGACGGCAGCAACGGCAUUUCCACCUGGGUAGAAAAGGGCAGCGCCAGCAUCUUGGACCCAGCUGGCUCUGGCGCCGUGGGGCUGGCUGAAGGAUGCAGAGCACCAGAUGCCGAGGGAGCCCCGCUAACAGCCCCCCGAAGGGCAGACGGCCCUGUAGAAAGCCAAGCUCCGGCCCUCUUGGCUGGGACGGAGGGGUGUCUGCGGGCCCAAGAGCCUGCCUCCCACCCCGAGGCAACGGAGCAGGGGGAGAGGCUGGAAGAGCGCAGUCGGGGCAUGACCCCCUCCCCAGGGGCCGCAUGUCCCAGCCAGGCCGCAGAGAGUCCCAGCGAGGUGGCGGAAGAGGACCCCGAGCUGGCUGUCGACAUGGAGCUGUUCGUGGACACCCUCCGUAACAUGGAGCCCUCGGAAAUACGGAAGCCCCUGAAGGUGCAUAAGCCGCCGCGUCGCUCCUCGCUGGGCGUGGGCCGAGCCCUACCACCCAUCCACGAGGACCACGUCAUGCCCAGGUCCCAGGUUCCCUUCCCAGAAGCCCUCACCAAGCUCCGGGCAAUGGCACAAGGGGCCGGCCGCCAGCAGAAGGGGCCGGCCGGGGGGAGCGCGGAGGAGGAGGAGGAGGAGGAGGAGGUCCAGAACCCGUAUCUCAGUGAGGACAAGAAGUCCCCAGCCCAGGAGGAGCCCAGGAAGACGUACUCCAGUGCCGUGGAGGACUACCUGUCGCUGCUGGCGAAGCUGAAGCAGCCGCCGGGGGAUGAGAAGGCCAAGGUCUCUGCCCCCCGGGUCACGAUGGAUCAAAGCAUCCUGUUCAGGGCCAAAGUCCUCAAAGGCAUGGCGCUGGUUUCAGACUUCCUGGAGCACAAGGCAGCCCCCGCGGAGAACAAGCCCUACUCCCGCCUGGACAACAGCGUCCUCUACAGCCGCUACGUGGCCUCCGCCGCGCCCCUGCCCAGCGCGCUGGAGCAGCAGCAAGAAGGCCGAAACUCGCCCAGCCCCGCCGACCUGGCGCUGCUCCAGGCCGCCGAGCAGAGCCAGCCUCCGCCCAACGGGCCAAAGUCCGGCAAGCGUCUGCCCUCCGAGCCCUCCCCGGAGGAGCUGGAAGUCGGCUCCCCGGGGGCUGAGCGGGCCCCGGGCCCAGAGCAAAGCCCUGACCAGAUGCCUUCGGCCUCCCAGGAGGCUGAGCCGGAAAGCGCCCCUCCCCGACGCCCCGAGCACCCCGAAAUGCAGCAGGAAAAAAUGAGACCCUCCAAGAAGAUCAAUGUGAGACCCGGCAAGAUCGUUCUCUACUCCGAGCCGGGCUUCGCAGGCCAGAAGCGAGAGCUCUGGGGGGACGUCCCGGACGCCACCUCCUGGGAGCUGUCCCCCACCAUCUCCAUCCGCGUGAUCCGGGGAGGCUGGGUGAUGUACGAGGAGCCGCGGUUCCACGGGAGGAAGUGCGUGCUGGCCGAGGGGGACGUGGAGAUCAGCAACCCCUGGGCAGCCUACCAGCGAGCCGGGGAGGCUCCCGAGAACGUGCCUUUCCGGAUCGGCUCCUUCAAGAGGGUCGUGCAGGACUACCGGACCCCCGAGAUCAGCUUGUUCAGCAAAGAGAAUGGGGAAGGCACCAAAGCCAGGUUCAUGGAUUCCUCAGAGGACACCCGGACCCAGGGCAAGGCCUUGACAGCUGCCUCCAUCGUAGUCCACUCGGGCCUGUGGCUGAUCUACUCCAAGCCCUUCUUUGACGAUGACCCCUAUGUCCUGGAGCCGGGCGGCUACCCCAGCCUAAAAGCGUGGGGCGCCAGGGACCCCUCCGUCUGCUCCAUGCAUCCUCUCAAACUGGGCUGCCCCGUGGUGGAGAAACCUGGAGAGCCCAAGGCGAUGGUUUACGAGAAGGCCCAUUUCCAGGGCCGCAGCUGCCAAGUGAGCCGAGACGUCUACGACCUGAAGAAGCAGGAGGGCGGCCAGGGCCCUGGCCUGGCCACAGUGGGGUCUCUGUGCAUCCUGGGAGGCUGCUGGGUCGGCUACAGCAAGGCUGGCUUCCGGGGUCACCAGUACCUGCUGGAGGAAGGAGAGUACCCUGACUGGACGCAGUGGGGGGGCUACGGCAAGGAGCUCGUGUCGCUGCGUGUGAUCCGGACGGACUUCUUGGACCCAGCACUGGUGCUUUUCGAGGCCAUGGACUUCGAGGACGGUCCCAGCGUGGAGCUGAGCGAAGCCCUGCCGGAUGUGUCGCUGGCUCGCUACGGGAGCAAAACGCAGUCCAUCAACGUGUUGAGCGGCGUGUGGGUGGCUUACGAGGGCACGAACUUCUCCGGGGAGCAGUACGUCUUGGAGAAAGGGGUGUAUCGGAGCUGUGAAGACUGGGGAGCCAGCGACUGCCAAAUCGGCUCCGUGCAGCCGGUCCUCCAGGUUGGGGAGCACAGCCUGCACUUCGUGUCCAGGAUCCAGCUGUUCUCGCACCCCGACUUCCUGGGCCACCACAUCUCCUUUGAGGAUGACCAGGGAGCCCUGCCGGAGUCCUUUGCCCCCCAGUCCUGCCGAGUCCACGGGGGCAGCUGGAUCCUCUACGACGGGCAGGACUUUGAGGGAGAGCAGCACGUCCUGUCUGAGGGCGAGUACCCGACGCUCAGCGCCAUGGGCUGCGUCUCUGCAGCGGCUGUCCAGUCCCUCAAGAAGGUCCCUCUUGUCUUCUCCGAGCCCUCCAUCUUCCUCCACGGACUGGAGUGCUUUGAAGGCAAGGAGAUCGAGCUGAACAGCGAGGUGAGGAGCCUGCAGGCCGAGGGCUUCAACAACCACGUGCUGUCUGUGCGCAUCAAAGGUGGCAUCUGGGUGCUCUGUGAGCACAGCGACUUCCGGGGCCGGCAGUGGCUGCUGGACGUGACGGAGAUCACCAACUGGUUGAUGUACAGCGGACUGCAGCACGUCGGCUCCCUCUAUCCCAUCCGGCAGCGGCGGAUCUACUUCCGGCUCAAAAAUGCGGGGCUGGAGCUCUUCCUGUCCGUGCCAGAUGACGUGGAGGACAUGAAAGCUGGGCGCGUGGUGACCUCGGCCCUCGGCGAGCAGAGCAGUACCAUCUGGUACUACGAGGAGGGACUCCUCAAAAACCAGGUGGCCCCCACCAUGAGCCUGCAGGUGAUCGGCCCUGCGGGGAAAGGUGCCAAGGUGGUGCUGUGGUCCGAGACCCGCGUCCCCCGCCAGACCUGGAGAGUCGAUGACUCUGGGCGCAUCUGGAGCCAGAUGUUUGAAGACAGGGUCCUGGAUGUGAAAGGGGGCCAGUCCUACGACCAGGACCACGCCGUCCUCUGGGACGUGGCUGAGGAGAGGACCACGCAGCGAUGGGAGCUGCAAGUGCUCUGAGGGCCGGACGCUGUCGGAGAUGCCUGACCCCCCCCCGCACCCUGCCAGCCCUUCAGGGGCUCUCACUGGGCUGGGGAGUAGGGGCCUGCCAGAUGCACCUGGGGGGCACGUCUCCCUACCCUGUGCCCCGCUGUACCAGGCCGGGACGGCUCCAGCUCACCCCUUCAGCAUCUCCAGGGACUCCUCGCCGCUGGAGCUUGUCCUGCUUCUGGCCCCUGUCCCUCCCCGGAGGAUGCAGGGAAAUGGCCGGUUCCUGCAGGCCAUCCCCGCCAGAGCCUUGUGCAGGACCCUGAUGUGACUGAGGACUGGAGCACGGCCCCCUCCCUUGCCGCCCCCCGGGGCUGUAUUUAUCUGUGCGGGACUGUAUUUAAGAGUGCGUGUAAGAGAGGACCCUUUUGUAGCACCA